AUGUUUCUUGUUAUUGUCUGUGCUUACUCUAAGUGGCCAGAAGUCUUUGCUCUACAUGAUAUUACUGCUGCUGGGACCAUUCAGGCCUUAAGAAAGUGUUUUGCUGCAUAUGGUAUUUCUGAGCAAAUUGUAUCAGAUAAUGGUCCACAAUUUAUCUCUGAGGAGUUUUCAGAUUUUGCUAAAGGUAAUAAACAGGCUAUGAAGACUAGAGCUGAUGAUAAAAUACCAUGUAAUUUGAAACUAACUAGUUUUCUAUUGACGUAUCGCUCUACCACUCAUGCUACUACUGGUCACAGUCCAGCAUCUAUAUUUCUUGGAAGAUCCAUUCGUACCCGUUGGGAUUUAUUGAAACUUGAUAUUGGAAGAAGGGUAGAUAGUAAGCAGGCAGAUCAGGUUGCUCACCAUGACCAUCAUUCUAAACAUAGAUACUUUGAGAUUGGAGAUACUGUGUUAGCAAAGAAUUUUAGGCCAGGAGCACAAUGGGUUAAAGGAAAGAUUAUCAAACAGCGCCAUAUUGAUCAUCUGAAGCAUCUACCAAGUGCUCCAUUCAUUCGACAUGGUCUGGAUGACAAUGCUAAUGAAGAGGAAGAUGCUCCUCAAGUUACAACUGAAUCUACCACAAAUAAUGAGGCUAACACCACGCCUUAUUUGGACAAUCAUAGGCCUACUCCUACUAGUAUUCCUCCCACUAAUCCUAAUCGGUCCGAGCGUCGUUAUCCUGUGAGAAAUCGUAGACCUCCUGACAGGUACUAUUAA